AUGGGUCGAAUCUAUAGUUUCAUUAUUCUUAUUAUAUUUCCAAUAUUAUUUUUCAUUAUAUCAAUAUAUUAUUGUUUAUAUUCGUCACCAACACAUUAUGAAAUAAUUAUUACUCAAUAUACUAUUCCAAUAACAGAAUUAAAUUAUAGUAACAUAUCCAUUCCACUCAAUAUCAUUCAAACAGGAAUGGAUAAUAGUGAUGGUUGGCGAAAUGUUCAAUCAUUUAGAGAACUUAAUCCAAAGCAUUCGUAUUUAUUUUUUACUGAUAUAGAAGCAGAAAAUUUUGUUCGUAAACAUAUGUCAUCAGAUGUUAUUCAUGCUUAUGAAAUUAUGCCAAUGACCAUAUUAAAAGCAGAUUUUUUUCGAUACAUUGCAACUUAUAUACUCGGUGGUGUGUAUUCGGAUAUUGAUACAGAAUGUUUACGAGCAAUUGAUACAUGGACUGAUAAUCGUACGGAUGUUGGUCUUAUUGUUGGUAUCGAAGCAGAAAGUUCAACAUGGAAAAAAGAUUCUGUUCGACCACUUCAACUAUGUCAAUGGACAUUUGCUGCCAGACCAAAUCAUCCUAUACUUAAACAAAUGAUAGAAAAUAUUUUGAAACAAACAAAAAAAUUUUCUAAUAAACCAAUAGAUCUAUCUGUUGUUACGAAUUGGACAGGUUCAGGCCUUUGGACAGAUACUAUAUUUGAUUAUCUUAAAAAAACAUAUAAUGUCGAAUGGUCUACAUUAACAAAAUUACAAUGUAGUCGACUUAUUGGUGAUGUUUAUAUUUUACCGAUAACAGCAUUUCAACCGUCUGCUUAUAAUAUGGGUGCAAAAGGAAGAAAUGAUCCAGAAGCACGUAUUUGGCAUUAUUUUUACGGAGGUCUGAAACGCGAAUAUCUGAAGAAAGCAAAAACAUAG